UCCGAGUCGCUCUUCCAAGCUCCGUGUGGUGGUCAGCAUGGCCCGUGGAAAUCAACGAGAACUUGCCCGCCAGAAAAACAUGAAGAAAUCCCAGGAAAUUAGCAAGGGAAAAAGAAAAGAUGAUGGCUUGACUGCCUCUCAGAGAAAACAGAGAGACUCUGAGAUCAUGCGACAAAAGCAGAAAGCAGCUAAUGAGAAGAAGUCUAUGCAGACAAGAGAAAAAUGAUGACUGACAAUUUGGAAAACCUGGGUACUACUGCCAAUUAGGUGUAUUAUAAGCUCUAUGAUCAAGAUUUUGUAGAGUGAACAGUCAUUACAUGUUACAACAUAUCUUUAUAAAAACUAUUUUAAACUUUAAAAAA